CGGCCCGACGCCGGCGCGUGCGCGGUGCGCGCGGCGGGCGCCGGCCGUCGCCCAGCUGCCCUCUGCCGGCAACUGGCAGUCGCCUCCGGAGCGCCGCAGCUCGCGGAAGUCCCAGCCCUGCCGAGUGCGACCGCCGCCCAGCCCAGAGCACGCCGCACGCCGCCCGCGGGCGAUGGCGCCGCAGUCGCAGCUGCAGCGGUAACGCCCGCCCGCAUCGCCAUGGUCCGCACUCGCCUCUUCUACACCGCCUCCGUACUGCUCCUGCUCGCAGGCCCGCUGAGGACGGAUGAGGGCGCCACAGAGGAGCCGGACGAGGACUACGCCGUGUCGGUGGGCGGCUCGGGACUCGGCGGUCCCUACUUCGACGUCUCGGCGUCCCGGAACGUCACCGCUCUCGUCGGAAGGACGGCACUGCUCAACUGCCGAGUGCGCAACCUCGGCGACCGCACGGUUUCAUGGGUGCGGCACCGGGACAUCCACCUGCUGACGGUGGGCCGGUUCACCUACACGAGCGACCAGCGCUUUCAGGCGAUGCACUCGCCGCAGACGGAGGACUGGAUGCUGCAGAUCCGGUACCCGCAGAUCCGCGACUCGGGCGUCUACGAGUGCCAGGUCAGCACGACGCCACCCAUCGGGCACUCCAUGUACCUCUCCGUCGUCGAGCCGGUGACGACCAUCCUGGGGGAGCCGCACAUGUACAUCUACCGGGGCAGCACCAUCAACCUUACCUGCAUCGUUCAGCACAGCCCCGAGCCGCCGCCCGCCAUCAUCUGGACACACGACGGCCAGGAGAUCAACUAUGACUCGGAACGCGGUGGGGUCUCCGUCAUCACGGAGAAGGGCGACUUCACGACGAGCUACCUGCUCAUACAGCGUGCAGACGCACCAGACUCUGGGACCUACACGUGCAGCCCCUCCAACGCCAACACCAAGAGCGUCGCCGUGCACGUGCUCAACGGUGAGUCUGGCGAGCGCCCGGCAGCUAUGCAACACGCGGGCCAGCGCCGGCUAACGCAUCCCGUGGUGGAGCUGCUGCUGCUCGCCGCCGCCACCGCCGCCUUCGCCGACCACUGCUGCUGAUGAGGGCGCCUCGCCCUCCCUGCGGUUGGCAGCCCUGCUGGUGUCGCCGUACCUUCACCACCGGCGCGGCCGAUCGGUGACUCCUCGACGAAGCAUCCUCAGCAUGUGAUAUCAACGCCUAACUCUGGAAAGUGUGAUCUCUGCUCUGAUGAAUCGCUAAACUUUACUCUUCAUCGGACAGCACCGGGACUGGCGUUCCAGUCGCGCCCUGUUAAUUCUUCAGUGUCAUUUGUGCUCCGGGUUGGCUUUCGACGGACACUUCUAAACCGAGGUAUCGAACGAGAUGAUCACCCACAUUGCAUCAGCCACUCCCACCCGAUCACUUACACUUUCGAGAUGACCGGUAUACAGACCGUAGUGCACUGGCCUACAUGAUUGGAGUAAUUCAGCAGUUUUCAUUUUAAGAAUAAAGGUCGCAAUUCUAUGCAAUAGAUUUGUGCAUACCGCAUGUUACUACAAAUUUCACUACCCGCGUGUUUGUGUUAUCGUCAUAGCCGCUUCAUUCCUAAGCUGCCUAGUCACUCAGGAAGCAGCAAAUGUAAGAGUGAAUGGCUCUAUAGGAGGAGCCAUUGAAAACAGUAAGUACCUGGAAUUUAAACGUUCUUCUUAUAAAGAGGCCUUGCCUCUUCAAAGUUUGGCCGUCAUUAUGGCCAGUCUUGUUUUCGACUUUGUGAAUUCAAACAGCUUUAAGAAAAUUCAUCCGAACUGCUCUCUCAGAUACCCUAUCCACAAUGUUCAUCAUCUUCUACUGAUCUUUAGCCUAUAACGUUAUCCUCCAAUAUCAGUCUUAUUGUAUUUUUCUCCUCUAGUUACAUGGUCAAAAUAUCUAGUUCUUUGGUUUUGAUUGUGUCAACAGCUUAAAAUCUAAUUGAACUAUGUGAGAGCUUCUUCCGAGUACGAAUGUGGCAGUAUUUCCUUGGUUCUGUAGAAGGACAAAUGGCCUUGCCACAGUUUUUCUCAAUUGCGUUUUUCAUAUUCUCAGAACUCAGUCUUCCAGAGACCAAAAACCCUGACAAGAACAGGCAAGGUCUCCUGACUUCUUACCCCUUGUGUUAUGUGAAAUUCAUUACAGUCGAAUCUUUUUAAUACGUCAUUACCGUUAUUUCAUAAACAAUUCUUCGCUAUUCAUAGUGACAAACGAGUCGCAUCUGACGGAGCCAUUUUCGUCAGAAUUUACUGAAAUAAUACGGUUGACAGUAAUGUCCUCGCUGAUGAUUCUGCCAACAACAUGAAAAAUGAACUUACAGUGUUGCUUUCAUUCCAACAAAAGCUAUUAUUCAUACAGUUACGUAAUAGCAAAUCUGGUAAAUAACGCACGCUGUCUUUACAACGUACUUAAAACGGUUGCCUCUUUUACAGAGGAAUGCAUAUUAGCUAUUGAAAUUUGUCAUAUGGUAAGAAGUGUUGAGUGGUUGAUAUCCCGUAGAUUAUGAAGUCUUUGGAGUGGCUGAACUAAAAAACAAGUACCAGACAGAAGAACGUAAGACUGCAUCCUAAGGAAAUUACCAUUCUGCGUCAUAAAUGAAACCUGAAUUUGAAAAUUGGCGCAACUCAGUAUGAGCAGUGUCGGCAACAAAACACUACAGCUCUGUACCUCAAAUACAGCUCCCAUAGGUCUCUCUUCUCUUACAUAAUAAUUCAUGUUACGUCGUAGCUGCUACGGCCACCACAUUGCAUCAGAAGUGGGCAAUAUAUCAUUACUCCCAAAACAGCACGUCAAACAUGAUACAACGGCUGUUAAUCACGCUCAUGAAGAAUUUUUGGGGUCGAAAUGCUGCUGGUUCUGUGAGUCCACGGUUCUGGAUGGGCUGAAAAGGGCCGCAUCGGAAGAAAAUUAUAGAUAUGCAUAUGUCCACAUAUUGCUUCAUUUAGAAAUCACCUUCAGAAACAGACAGCUUCACAUUUGUCUCAACGUUUUCACUCAUAUACAACAGAAAAUUUAUGUCGAUGGAGAUAAAAGACCGUUCUGAAAAUUUUGUUUAACGACGAUGUUUUAACUUCGAAUUGAACAAUUAACCGACGUUUCGUUAUUGACGGGCUGCACUGCCGGCCACAUUGACUUUGAGUAUUAUUUUCUGGUUUUACGUCUUAGUUCGGAGUGUUUUCUAAUGCAUUCUUCGCUGUUUUAAUUGCACUGUCUCGCAGUGUUGAUAUAAUUUUUUGCAUCAGUUUUAUUCUAGGUACGCUGUAUGCAUAACAUGUUGUAACAUACUCCGUAUGUUGGCCUUAAUCUGAUUUCUGCGACAUGUUCGAAUACACUCGAUCCGUUGUGUGACGUAGUGGAAAGAUGAGAUCACUUGAUCAUAUUUCCACCAGUUAUUUUGUUACACCUGGUAACAUUGUUAUGAUUCAUUUUCAUUCAUAUUUCACUCCGAGUCCGCAUUUAACGACUAUUAUCAGUAAUUGUCAGUUAUAAUUUUCUCCAAUCCACAUUGGAACCAUUACUUAAAGCUAAUCAACUUGGAUGAGUCACCGAAAUAAUUCGUUAGUAGCUGCCAGAACAUACCUUGUACGUCAGAUUGAUACAACCCCUCAUGUAACUUCCACAUUCUUUACAGGCUAGACACAUCUACUCUUGUGUAAAUGCUUUUUUUUUCUUUCGAUUUUUUCAUACUGUAGUCCUUUCUGCUAUGGUGGAAACGAUCUCAGUACCUGAUGAAGAUCUUAUAUACACCAUAACGUUAUUGUGAAUGACAUUGUAUUAUGCACGCAGUGGAUGUUAAAUAAAUGCGUCGACCAUAUACCGAUUUUACAUCGAGUUUAUAAACAGCAAGGUGCGGGUAAAAGUGCUUUCCAGUGCAAGUAUUUGGAUUUAGCAAACUAAGUCUCUCGUCCAUUUAUUAUUAAAUUACCAGUCCAGAAACUAUAAUUACACUUCAUUCUGAUCUCUCUAAAUUUUGAUGUGUGUAAAAACAUACUGAUAAUUGUGUAUUUGAAUUGCGUGAUACAGAUCCAAAGUUGUUAGUUGCUAAGCUUUUGACAAUACUUCACGUAACUCAGAAUAAAUACUUCAAGUGUGAUGUCUGGCUUCCGACUGACAAAAGAACUACAAAAAUUAACAGGUAUAAGGCCUUAUUUUGAAGAAUAUUGAAUGUAAAAUACAGAGAGAUAAUUUAUUUUCACGAUAAAAUACGACAAAAGAUUUGUCUAUGACUAUUUCUCAAAGUGAUAUUUUUGUAAACGUCCACAUCAACAAUUUUCUUGUAGAUAUUAUUCUAUUGUCCAAUAUUGAAGUUAUUAUGAGUAAAUACUUGUAAUUUUUACGUUCGAAAAUAAGUGACCGGUGCCCAUUGGUGUGUUAAAUUUUGCAGAAGAUAUAUAUGUUUUCUCUUGUCGUAGGUGAGUAUCUCUUUUACGCCGGUCGAAGGAAAAAUGCUUCGAAGAUGUUUGACAGAGAAUACAACCUAUUAAUGACUGUAAAUAUCCUUUAACUCUUAGUAAGUUUGGUCCUUCAUAAAUAAUUUGCAAUAUUUUAAAAUAAAAUAAACAGUUUCAUUGUU